UUGUUUUGGUCUUGACGUGCAUAGGCACAUGUAGGCCAUGGUAGGACAGUACAGAGUAUUCACCGUGUGGGGAGUUUUAAAGUUUAUGACCAUAAGGUGACUCAGUAAUAUGGAACAUUACCGUAGAGGGAACUUAUCUCCAAACAGAUAUUUCGGUGGCCGAGACAGACUCCAUUCAACUGAAAGAGUACCCAACGCCCGUGCGGUCACCGGAAACCUUAUUAUAGGAGUCAGCCAAAGUGCAAAGGUUAGCUAAACGUUCAAAGGUUACGCGGAAGCUUUAAGUUGUCUUUACACAUGUGUGUUUGACCUUCGUAAGAUCACCCUUUUAUGAUAACGCCACUCCCAAAGGAACACGUGGGAUAAUCAAAUGGCGUCGGUCGGCUCGUCAGCCGUGUUAUUAGGCCCCGCCACGUUCUGUGCCGUGACGGGAGGGAGCCGGGGGCUGGGCCGGAGCAUCGCCGUGCAGCUGGCGGGGCGACUGGGGGAGGGCUCCCGCCUGGUGCUGACCGGCCGCUCGCUCCAGGGUCUACAGGAGACCAAACGGCAGGUGGAGGAGAAGAGUCCGAACCAGCUGGAGGUGAAGUUGGUGACGGGAGACAUGGAGGACUCCACCGUGUACCACGCGCACUUCUGCGACAUCUUUGCAGACGUUAAACCAGGCACUUUUAAGAAUGCUCUGAUGAUCCACAACGCGGGAACCCUGGGCGAUUUGAGCAAGAAGGCAGCAGAACAUUCUGAUGCUGAGAUUCUUAACAAGUACUACGCCACCAACCUGACGUCUGUCAUCGCUCUGACGGCCAAGUUCAUGCAGGUCUUCUCGGCCUCUACCGUCAGACGAACGGUAGUAAACAUCAGUUCUGGAACUGCCAUUGAACCCUUGGAACACCACGCCCUGUACUGUAGCGGCAAGGCGGCCAGGAACAUGUUCUUCAAGGUGAUGGCGGCAGAGGAGCCCGAUGUGCGCGUGCUCAACUACUCCCCAGGUCCGAUGGUGACCGAUAUGUUACACACAACCAGGUCAUGCGGAGUGAAAAUAGUUGAAGACGGAUUUAAGGCCAUGGAGUCCCAAGGGUUGAUCCAGAGCCCGGACGACCCUGCAAAACACCUGCUCACCCUGUUAGAGGAAGACACCUUCAAGUCAGGCGCUUUUCUCGAUGUGUUCAACCGCUUCUCACUGUGAUAGAGAUGAAAAUAAAAGUUUUCCUUUCCUUUUCACGAUUUGUGUCUUUUUCUUUUGUCUUUUUCCUGACGUAUCAUACUACAAUUCGGAACCUGUUUGCGAAUGCAGGUAACAGAUCUUUCUAGAUUUAGAUUUAUUAGACUGCAGCCAAAUGAUACUGUGCCGUUUGCUUCAUGCGCACCUGUAAAACUGUCACAGCAUUAAGCCCCACAUCCCCACAUUCAUUCAGUUUAUCACUCUCAGUCUUCCAUGAUCACUCCUUUUACAAUAUUGCAGGCCAAACAGACAAAUUUUAGACGACAAACACAAAACUGGUGUUCGAAUUCUGAUCAUGAUCUUUACACCUGACUGAAUUCUCGCUCCCCAAGGAAAGAGUUCUACAUUGGUGCGCUCCCGUGUAAGCACGUAGCCUGUGUAGUGUUGCAGACCACCAGGAAUAAGGAACGUGUAAAACAAACAUAAGCUGGUGCAAGGUUUCAUUCUCACUGCUAUGGACACAAAAUGUCAUUCUUGCUAAGUCACACUUUCCCGAUUUAAUUUUUCCGCCAGCGAACAACCUGGGAUACACUGUACCAAAGUAUUGUAUCUUUUUAUUCUACGUCACAUGGUUUUCACAAAAAAUACUUGAACUAUCAUCAGUAAAAUCUUGAUAUGUAAGUGUUUCAAAUGUACUGUACUAGUAUAUCUGAGAGAAAUCGUGCUGGGAUACAAAACAAACUACUUGAACUCAUAUGAAAUAUACGUAAUAAUCAACUUAUUACUAGGGAUUGCAAAGUAUGUUAUAUUUAAGAACUGGUGUAAUACUCGUAACAGAAACAAUGAUAGAUACACAUCAAUGGAUCUACCGUAAUUUCAAAUCAGAAAUCAUUUUAUACUUCAACCUAGUAAACAACAGAAUGUACAAACAUGUACUUUGUAACUUGUAAACUUUGUUUUUAUGUAUACAUGUAUGUAAUGUAAUGUUGCCUUUAAUCAAAUGAAUAAAGUUUGAAUUUAAAAAAAUCAUCAGUAAAAUCACUCUCAUGAUUUUCAUGAUAUAUAUAUAUAGUUACAGACUUCCGAGAAUAUACAACAUGUAUGCCUUCACUAUAGUCAACUCUCUUAGCCAGUGUAAUUCGAGAAAAAAACAUUUUGAGAUGCUUUUCCAAUUGGAUACUGGAUAAUAAGUACAUAGUAACAUGAAACAACUCAAGAUAAAUCCGAAUAGUCAAAGAGCGUCUCUCAAAUUCUU